UACCAGUGGCUUGAUAUUUGGUUUGCUGCUAAGGAAAGGUGGAAAUUUUCUAUGAAAAAAGAUAUUUAGAAUAGAUUUCGUAAUUAUAUUAGUUUUAACUAGACUUUUGUUGCAUUUAGCAACUAAGUUCGAGUUUUUUAUAAACGUUAAACAAAUCACACCAAAUACAGCUGUGUGAAGAAAUAAGUCCUAUCGAAUUUGUUUGUUGUUAAAAUAGAUAAAAAAUUCUCAAAAAGAUGACGGAUUCGAAAACUUUAGUUAUGACUCCUUCUAAUGGACUUCACGAUAAAUCUAAAGAGCUCCAAAAAGAAAUUCUUAUGGAAAAACUUAGAUCAAAAACAUCGCAAUUUAAAAACCUGAGCGAAACUUCCAAAGCUGUUAGGAUGGCUCUUUUGGACAAGCGCUGGGCAGUAGACUCUGCUGAUCGAAUGAUCUUACAAAAAUGUUUAGAUAGUUUGCAGCAUUGUAUAAAAGUCACAUCUCUACAGAGUUUAAUUGAAAGACUGGAAUGCUUAUCACGGCAACAAGAGUUAAAAUUUGUUGUUGGUACAUCUGGAGUGAAUCUUUUCAUAUCUUCUGAUAUGUUUUACCUAGAAAUAUUAGUGGAGUCUUGUGGAUCAGUGAAAGAUGUUAAGAUACAUCAUGAAGGCAAGAUUGAGCAACAAAGCUGUGAAGAGUUAGUUCAGUGUAUUGCAAGAGGUGACUUCGCAGAUUUUACAGCCCAUCUAGAAGGACUCACGGCAGUUUAUCAAUUGAAUGCUGAGAAAAAGAUAAAAUGUAAAGCGUUCAGUGCCCUUCAGAGUUUAGAAGAAGAUUUAUGUACAAUGAGACAGUUGCAAAGUUUCAUAAAAGAUCCCUGGACCCAGGUACAUAAGAGUCCUAUUGGUUUUCUUCAAAGGAGACGAGGAGGACAUGCAAUGCGUCUCACGUAUUUCGUAUCUCCAUAUGAAUUACUAGACAAAGACAAAGGUCUUCAACCAUUGACAGCUGAUUUACUAACUGAAGGUCGACCAGCUGCGUCCAAUGGUUUGACGUCCCUUGUAGCUUCUUCACGCACACCUAUUGGACAAUCAGCUCUAGUACUGCUAGAAGGAUCUACAGCUAGUAAAUUACAAUUAGUUCCGAUUAUUUCAACAGCCCAAAGAGCUGGGAAAGGUGGUCCAGUGUACGCGCAAUUAGUGCCUCAGAACAGCGCAAUGCUGCCGGCUUGCUUUACGCUCAAAUUGUCGCAGCCAAUGCCUCUAUGUGCAGGCUUAGCGAAACUCAUACAUGCUACUACUGAGGUUGAAAUAUCUGGCGAUUGGGCAAAUCCGAAGCCAUUGCUUGGUCUCAUCGCACAGCAGGCAUAUAACAAUUUGGUACCUGGAAAAACUAUCGAGUUGAAUCUUAGUAAAGGACUCUUUGUGAAACUACCCGACCAAUGGCAGUGCUAUUUCCUAUGUGAGCGGCGUGGGCUAAGCGGGUGUGUGGUAUCCAGCGUGCCGUUCACGCACCCAUCGCACGUGCCGCAGUUGCUGGCGGCGCUCCGGCAGCAGGCGCUGUUCAACGCGCUCGUCGCCUCCUGCGUGCGAGCGCAGACGAAACAAGCCGUAGACCUAGAGAACGUGCUGAUGUUCGAAGUGAGCGCGCUGUCGUGGCAGCACAUCUCGAUAUCGCUGGAGCACCCGCUGGACGAGAGCAUGGCCACGGUGGAGCUGGAGCUGAGCGAGCCGGCCGCGCCGCGCGCCUCCGUGUGCACGCUCAACUCGCCGCCGCGCGACCACGUGGACGACUACAUCAGCAAGGUGCUGCAGAAGAGCCACUCUAUACCCAUCACUCUCAGGUCAUUGAUAAAAAUCUGGGAGCGUGAAGCGGCGGCGAAACACAUGAACGGCGGCUACUCCGGGUUGGAGUCAAAUUUUAGCUGCGGCCUGGGGGGCAUCGACCCCGGCGGCGACGUGAAGCACGAGCCGGCGCCGCACGCGCGCGCGCUCUACCCCUCCUCCGUGUCGCACCCGCACCAGGGAGGUACAUACCUUUCCGAGCAACAGCAUCAUUUAUCUAUGAUGUGCCAAGAUUCUGGCUCUGGAGAAUCGAAAUCUCAAUUAUCCGACGAAAGAAAAUCGAAGAAACGUAAAUCCGAUACAGGAUUGUGGCCAGCGUCGCAAAAGAAAGGGAAGCCCGGGAUCGGUGAUUUGGGAGACUCUGAUAGUGAGAGUGAUAAUUCCGAUGGUUACGGCAAUGAAGAUGAUAAUACUAUGAAUAGUAAUUCAACAAAUGAUGAUAUCGAAGGACAAGAGUCAUCGGUCUCUCAGAAUGAAUUCGCGUCAGAUCUCGAACUAUCUGCGAUGGACACGGCUGACGCUCUUGGUGGACAAGAGAACAGAACUUCGUCUGAUAUGGACAACUCCAACGAUGGAGAUGUUGAAGAUAUAAUCAGGAAUUCUUUUCAUAAGUCUGAGCACAAAAGGCAAAAACUGAAAAACAAAGAAGCUGAGGCGCGUAGAAGUACAUCUUCUUUGCUUUUAGAUCUCACCGACGGUAAAUCGUAUAUGCCAUCGUCCGUGAGUAUAACUCCAAUUUCAUCCAACUCUUCAAAUCAGCCUAGUUCUGGAUCUUCAAAUUUAUCUUCAAUGCUUUGUCUCGAUAGAAGACCUGGUAUUGAAAUAAUUCCAAUAACUGCGGCUCCACCAGCCGCUUUGCCAAGCUCUAUUACAAUAACUCCAAUAACAUCAUCUCAAAUGAAAUCUAUGGAUGAUCGCAUACGAUCAGAGAAGAAAUCGAGCAAAUCUGAAGAACGAAGUAAAGAGAAGAAAAAGAAACGACGCCGAGACGAUUCUAUGGGACCACCAGAAAAAGUGCCUCCUAAACAAGAUCCCUUAACAAAACCUGUAUCUGUUAGUAUUAAACCGACUGACGGCUCACCCAUGCGAUCGACUUCCCCAAACUCGAUUUUAAGAAAAUUUAGUCCCAGUCCAACUCAUGGCAGAUCAGUUUCAAUUACUAAAUCGCCAAGUCCUAAUACAGUGAAGGGUAUGGGAAAACCCUCCGGAACAUCGAGCCAUCAUAACAGCCCUAGACAUUCGCCGGUUCAAAGCAGUCCAAAACAUUUACCUGGGUAUUCAAGUCCAAAAAACCACAGUAUUUCUUCUCCUAAACAUAGUUCCUCUGGAUCUGGAAAACCUAGUAUGUCAACUUUAAAAUCUGCAACCAGUGGCUCACCUUCAGGUAAAUCGGGUACAACCGGUUACGAUCUUACUAAAAAGAUUUCUAAAGACUGCUAUGGAUCAACAUCUUUGACUUCUAGAGACAAAGAGAAAAAACAUUCCGGUCUUUCUUUUUCUAGUUCUGGCAGAAGCAGUCCAAAACUAAAAAACCCAAUGAAAUUAAAACAACUUGAAAUCACACCAGUUUCAUGUGACAGCCCUGUAACUGAGCCAUUAAUUUCGCCACCAAACAUAGAAGUAAAUAAAUCAAAUGCACCGAGCCAAGCUCGAAAUAGAAAAGGCUCUCUUAGUGCAGUUAUAGAUAAGUUGAAGUCCGCCCAACAUUGUGGCACCGAUUCUGACAUCGGAAGCGCGAAGGCAAGCUCAAGUAGCAGUAACAAAUUUAAUGAUGUCAAAAAUAACGCGACAUCUAGUAAUUUAAAAGUAAGUGAAAGUAAAAACCAAGAGUAUAUGGUAAAGCCAAGUUUAGAUGGCAUGAAAAUUACAAUAAAUAAAACUAGGUCAAAGGAAUCAUCUAGUAGUAAUUCAAAAAUAAAUUAUUCUGGAUCUAGUAAGCAAUCCUCACCUCAGCUGACUCCGCCGAGCCAAGGCUCCCCUAAAACUCACACAGGCUUAAAACCAGGUGUUAUAAGUGGCCCGGCAUCUAAGAAAACUCAGGUUAUGCAAUCAUCUAAAUCCGGUUCAUUGACACCAGGAUCCACACCUCCUAAAGCAAACAUGAGUCCCUCCGAAUCUUCUAGCUCUAACAGUACUAGUGCUGCACCUAAAGUGCCUUAUUCUAAAUCUUCAAGCAGCAACACAUCUGGUAUUAAUUUAUCGAAAUCUGGCUCAAAGUCGAGUUCAGGUUCCCCAAAAAGCAGUAGUUCUGAUCUUGCCAAAAUCAUUCGUGAUAGAGAACGAGAAAAAGCUCGAACUAAACUUAUGAAUAAUUCUGAGAAAUCAAUAUUUUCCUCAAAAUCUGAACGACAUUCUAGUCCCAGUAGUUCACGGGACGAUGUCGAUGGUGAUAGAUUUAAAAGUUCAGCUAAAGAUGCUAGUUUCUUAGUCGAAGGAUUGAUAAAACCACUAGACACAAGUAAAUUUCAAAUACCGAAGUUGAAAAAUCAAAACACUCCCGACAAAAACAGCCCAGUAUCCCAAUACGACAGCCGUUCGAUGGUAAAUGACUUUAAUAGAUCUGUAGACCAAAGCAAAUAUCCCUUUCCACACUUUGAUAGUCCAAAUCGAGGCUCUGACCCAAUGCAGAAAUCUGGUUAUCCAUUAAAUGUACCAAAGCCUUUAUUAAACAUGGGGGGCGUAAGCCCUAAAACAUUAGGCAACAAAACAGAUCCAUCAGAGUUUUCCAAGGUAUUAUCUGAUAGCUUAGGAAAAGGCGAAAGUCCCCAAAGAAGUAAAGAUGAUCCAAAAGAUUCUUAUUCGGGGUCAUAUCCUCUUAUGCCUCUAGAUUUCAAAACAGAUAUGGCAAAAGGGUUUCCUGCUCCAAAAGGAAGUUCUGAAGACAGAAAGGGUGCUGAUUCGUGUAUGAAACCGCCGGUUAGCGGUUCCGUGCCACGAAGUGGCGCUACUACUCCCCAAGAGGCGGCUGAAAUGCUCCUAGAUUUCUCAUCGUCGUCAGGUAGUAAAGUGUCGGGUAUGGUUGCUGUACGACCUGUGUACCCAGCAUCUCCUGCACUCUUACAGCUUGCAAAAAGUCCGGCACCUUCCCCUUUAGUAGCGGCGUCACCCCAUUCUAAUUCGCCUUGCAUAACUGAUGAUGAGUUAAUGGAUGAAGCCCUUGUAGGACCAGGUAAAUGAAAAGUGUCUCAAACUAAAAGAAUAUGAAAAUAUUGUACGUAUUUAAAUGAUAGAUAUAAGUGUAAUAAAUGUAACUUCUAUGGUAAGGGAAGACAAAAAAAUGUUUAUUUAUUUGAUGAAAAAAAUCAAACUGCUCUAAUCAAACGUUAAUUUAUCAUAUUAUCUUUUGUAACAUAACAACACUGGACUUACUACUAAUUUAUAUUUUAACGAUACUUUUAUGUAAAGUAUUAGUCAGUUAAAUACUCUCUUUCUACAUAAUAGUUAUAACCAUUAUUUAUGCGUGCUUAGUUUGAGAAGUACAUUUUAAUUGAUUUUAUAUUAAACUCAUGUAAUCAUGUUUUAUUAUGGCUUUUAAGCAUGUUUUAUUACGUUUGACUUUUAUCUUAAUUAAUUCUAACUAUUUUAUACACUAUUAAAUUAACUAGCUUUUUAGAAACUUAUUAAGUAUAGUAUUCGUAUUUUCUGAAGAGUUUCCAUUUGAAAUAAAUUAACGUAGAAACGUCCAACUUGUAUAAUUUCUAUUCAAGAUAUGAAAAUGUAACCAGUGUAAUAAAAAAAUGCAUCAGUUUAUUUUUGGGCCCACCAGGAAAUCACCGACUUGUUUUAAAUAUGUAUAUAGAUAAUUAUUUUAGCAUACGAUACUCUAAUAACAAUGUAAAAAUGAUUAAGACAUUUAUGUUUAUACCUUAGGAUGGUUGAAAUAAACGUGAUCCAUUCAUU